CUGGUUUUUAGCUCGCAAAUUUUGGCGUGCGGCGACUGAUUUUUAGUUUGGCAAGAACUCCAUUAAAACAUUAGAGAUAUACCCGGACAAUGUGUAAACAUGUUUUGAACGCACAGGUGGCGAUUCGUGCGCAGUGUUGUCGACGAUGGUUCGAUUGUGCCGAAUGUCACGCUGAAGUAUCGGAUCAUCCGCUCCGAAAGACAGACGAAAUGGUGUUUGCUUGCAAAAAGUGCAAAAAAGUUUUCCGUAAAGACAUGACUGACUAUGAAGACGAAGACGAAUUCUGUCCCCACUGUGAUAAUCACUAUGUCAUUGACGCUGUCACACCCGAAGCACAGCUCAAGAUUGAAACGGAAGAUUUACGGAAAGACGCAAGGGUGGUGCGAGAUUUACGUGUCAAGCAGGAAACAGGUCCUACGAGUAUGUUUGAUGUCGAUGCUUCGGAUAUGAUAGGAUAGAUAAAUCCCAUCCCCCCAAGUCGGGUUGUUGAUUGUUUUUGUUGAUUCAUUUAUUCCCAUGGUUUUUAAUCAUGGUGAUGAAAAAAAAAAAAAAUUACCCUCUUUAUUCUUAUUGUUUCCCGUUUACUGGCCUGUCGUUUCCAUCGAUGACUUUGAUUUUUUUCCCAGUGGCCCGUGACACAAGGCACCCAAAAACCCGCAUCAAAUGACGAGAUUCAUGACACCCUUGUUUCUUGUUUUGUUUUCUUUCUCUUUUUGCAGCAAUAACAUGAUCGCUAUGAUGUUUUAUUUUUGUCGUAAGAGAAAUAUCCAUUCUUGGAUGACAA